AUACUCUUUGUGGCAUAACUCUUUUUAAUUGGGCGUCAUUUAAAUUACUGUGCAAUAUGUGUUUGAAGUUUUAUGUGAGCUAAUUUGGCUUACAUUAAGACCAGCUUGUAAAAAUGUUACACACAUGCAGGCCUGAGGGGAGGGGUUAAUUUGCUGUGUGACAUUCACACAGGCUGUCUUCUCUGUCCGUGUCUAGAUGAGUAGCGGUACAUAGCUGCAAGUGAAAAAAAAAAGAAAUGGCUGCACAGAUAACUGAAUCUGAUCAAGUUAAACAGUUUAAGGAAUUUCUGGGUACAUACAACAAACUAACAGAGACUUGUUUUAUGGACUGUGUAAAAGAUUUUACCACCAGAGAGGUGAAACCAGAGGAGAUGACAUGCUCUGAAAGUUGCCUUCAGAAGUACCUGAAGAUGACACAAAGAAUAUCGAUGCGAUUCCAGGAGUAUCAUAUUCAACAGAAUGAGGCUUUAGCUGCCAAAGCAGGACUUCUCGGCCAGCCCCGAUAAGACAGGGCUGUGGUUUGGAUUUAUGUACAGUAUUGCACUGCUGGAAGAGGACUCUUUAAUGUAAAACUGACCUGUUGUCCCCAAGACACAUCUAGAAUGGUAGGAUACCUAGAACAGCAAGAGCAUAGUGGCCAGGUUGUAGACAACAGUUCAUAUAAAAGGGCAUUUUGCUCAAAGUAUUCUCUGAAAAUAAGUUUAAGCACCUAUUACUUUAUAUAUGAGAACUAGUAGACAUGGUGCCUUCAGUGCUUGCUGGCCACUGGACACAAGUGUUUCGGCGAUAAGUCAUUUUGCUUGUGUACAAUACAUGACAAAACUUGUUAACUUCUAUGGACCAUGUUUUUUAAUUGUUUUUGAAAGAAAAUAAAAUAUUAAGCUGCAGAUUUUUCAGAUGCACUAGCUUUUAAAGCUGGUUGUUUUUCUUUACACAACAGCAUUUUCUGGGUUAAGUUAUAUAAUAUUUAUUACAUGAAUACAUAGAAAUGUUAAAAGGAAAAGGCAGUUUCUCCAUAUCUUAAGUAAUCCAAAUUAUUUCUGACAAAAUGUAGUUCUUGUUUAUCUUGUAUAAUGCAUGUAGAAAUGGGCAAAAAACAAACAAAACACACAACAGCAAAGAGUUAAUACUGUGCAAUGGCAAGAUUCUUCAUUAACUGUACAUGCAAUAAACUUUAGGAUUAAUGGCAGGUUUACAUUUUCUCGCCACUGUAUUUCUCCCCCAGUUGAACGAAUACCAGAGAUUGUUUUUUACUAUGGUUGCAAUUAUAAAAAAUAAAUAAAACUACCUCUCUGGGGAAAAAACAUAGUGUGUCAUUAAUAUUUUGGAGAACAACUCACUUGUACCAAAACUGAAUGUUUAGGUUGUCAGAAAUCAAUGUACAUGCUUCAAAUCUACUGUCUCCAUUAGUUUCCCAAGUGUUGUAUAUACUCUACUGCACACUUACUGUUCUUCAGCAAACAAGAAACGACCUUGAGUUUUACAUUAAAAUUCUUUGGUUUCAGUUAUGCAUUCU